AGGGUUGCAAUUGCAUAGAAGUAACUCCCGGCAGAGCCAUUAGUGCGUCUCUCCCCUUCAACAAACUCAGCAGCGUAAACCUCUAAAACCCUUGCUGUGGCGAAUUCGGUCUCUUGAACCCGGAGCCGAUUUGGCAGUGCAAGACUAUUGUUUCGGCGGCCAUGGGAAAAUCUCGAUCUCAAAUCAAUAAAGCACACAAAACUCGCUACUCCUCUAAAUCAUCUCGCAAUGAACACAAAGCUCCUCUCAAAGCGAAAGCCAAAAUUUCCAAGUCAGAGCGCGGUGUUGCCGAAGGAUCUCGGGCUGUUCGACAUCAAUGUAACAAGAAGUUGCGAGAGCAGAAACGUGAGCUCUUGCUUAAAGAAAAAAAGGCUGCAAGCCCUCCCCGUGUCAUUGUUCUUUUUGGGCUCUCUGCUUCUGUGGACCUAGAUUCACUUGCGGAUGAUCUCUUGAGACUAUUGUCCGGAGAGGGCAGCAGAGCUGGGUCUUCAACAGUUGCUUCUUCUGAGUAUAGGUUGAGAGUAACGGUACUGAAAGCACCUCACGGGGAUUUUCUGUCCUGUAUGGCAAGGGCCAAGGUUGCGGAUUUGAUUGCUUUUGUAGCAUCAGCAAACUCGUCACAUGAAGAGAGUGCUCCCUUCUAUAUCGAUUCAUUUGGAAGUCAUUGCCUAUCUUUGUUUAAAGAAAUGGGUUUACCAAGCACUGUGGUGUUGAUUCGUGACUUGCCCGCCGAGCAGAAAAUAAGGAAUGACGUGAAAAAGAUGUGUAUUUCUAGCAUUGCUUCCAAAUUUCCUGAAGACUGCAAGUUUUACCCUGCAGAUACAAAGGAUGAGUUGCACAAGUUUGCAUGGCAAUUCAAGGAGCAAAGACUCACAGUGCCUCAUUGGAGAAACCAAAGACCUUUCCUAAUGGCUGAGCAGGUUGAUAUGGUAGCAAAUGAUUGCAGUCAAGAAAAAUGUACCCUCCUCCUUACUGGUUAUCUGCGUGCUCGUAGCCUCUCUGUAAAUCAGCUGGUUCAUGUUUCCGGUGCAGGGGAUUUCCAGCUGUGUAAAAUUGAAGUUCUGAGGGACCCAUUUCCUUUAAAUUCAAGAAAAGUAGUAGAUGUUAUGGAGUCAGAUGAAGUAGGUGAUGUGGAGAUUCUUGGUGCCCUGGUACCUGACCCACUGAAGCAAGAGCCUUUGAUUUUUGAGAAUGUUCCAGAUCCUCUUGCAGGAGAACAGACACAUCCAACAGAGGAAGAAAUGGCCGAAGCCUUUAGAAAACGGAAACAGGAAUUGUUGAGAAAGAAGACUGUUCCCCAAGGCACUUCAGAAUAUCAGGCUGAAUGGAUUUUGGAUGGGGAGGAUGAAGAGGAUUCAGAUAGUGAAAAUGAUGAUGAUGAUGAUGAUGGCAUGGUAUUGGAUGAAAUAGAAACUGGCUUUCCAGGUCAAGAGGACACAAAUAACUCGGACCUUGAUGGUGACCAAAUGUCACUGAACUUAAGGGACUCUGAUGCAGAGACUGAAGCUGAUUCAAUGAUGAUGGAAGGAGAGAACUUCACCAGGGAACAGAUAGAGGAUGAGAUUCGAAAAAUUAAAGCUGCUCAUGCUGAAGAUGAGGAGUUUCCUGAUGAGGUGGACACUCCACUGGAUAUUCCUGCUAGAAAGCGUUUUGCAAAGUAUAGAGGCCUCAAGUCCUUCAGAACCUCAUCAUGGGAUCCCAAAGAGUCCCUGCCGCCAGAAUAUGCAAGAAUUUUUGCGUUUGGUAAUUUUGCAAGAACGCAAAAGAAUGUUUUUGCAAAAGCCCUAGAAAUGGAGGAAGAGAGUAGGGAUGACUGUGUACGAGCAAGUUCAUAUGUGAAGCUUCAUGUCAAUGAAGUACCUGUUGGUGUUGCUUCCAAACUAUGCAUGACUGCUAUGGGAGCUCCUAUAGUUGCUUGUGGCCUUUUGCAGCAUGAAUCGAAGAUGUCUGUUUCCCAUUUCAGCAUAAAGAAGCAUGAUUCAUAUAGCGAUCCUAUCAAAUCCAAGGAGGAAUUACUAUUUCAUGUUGGUUUUCGCCAAUUUUUUGCUCGGCCUAUAUUUUCUGCUGACAAUAUGAAUUCAGACAAACACAAGAUGGAGAGGUUUCUUCAUCCAGGUCGUUUUUGUAUGGCUUCAAUUUAUGCUCCGAUUUCUUUCCGUCCUCUGCCCUUGAUAGCCCUGAAGAUUGUGGAAGGGGGUUCUGGACCUGUGGUUGCUGCUGUUGGUACUUUGAGAAGCAUUGAUCCUGAUAGGAUAAUUUUAAAGAAAAUUAUAUUGAGUGGUUUCCCUCAUCGAGUGUCAAAAGUGAAAGCUUCAGUAAGAUAUAUGUUUCACAACCCAGACGACGUGAGAUGGUUUAAACCUAUUGAAGUGUGGUCUAAAUGUGGUCGCCGUGGUCGCAUCAAGGAACCUGUUGGGACGCAUGGUGUAAUGAAGUGCAUCCUCAAUGGGGUACUUCAGCAGCAUGAUACUGUUUGCAUGACCUUGUACAAGCGAGUGUAUCCCAAGUGGCCAGAACGUCGGUUUCCAAUUUCUGAUGCUUAAUCAAAUAUAAUCGGUUCUGGAUUUCGAGGAGAAAUGCAUUCACUUUGGUUGUCGAUGGGAAUGAAGUUUGGGUUCAGAUUUUCAAUCUUUUAUUGAGUUGACAGAUAAGCUUUAUGCAGCUGUGUGGUACAUUACAUAGAAUUCGAGGAUUGGUUCUGGAAAAGGAAAGAAAGGUUCUGGAAAAUGAAAGAAAGCCAUACCUCGAUUGAUUACCAACUUUAGUUAUGUUUGUUAAUGAAACUCUUUGCAGUUUAGCUAAAUUAAUUAUUAGGUUAUUUUUCAUUGCAUGCGUGUUUUUAUUAUUCCGGAGUUUUAGUGCGAUCCAUCCAAGAUCAAUUUUGGGAGCUUGUUCAGUUAGAUCCUUUGUUGAAUUGUUAUGCAAAGCUGGUUUCUUGAUGUAUUUAGUACAUAUACAUUAAUUCUUAAGAGCUUUAUUAGAAUUGUUGCAUGAAGUGAGUAUUAUACGA